AUGGUUCAUGCGUUCAGUAUCCGCGUGAAAGCAGGAGUGACGUUGGCUGCAGCUGUCAGUCCGUACGUCAUGAACGUUGACUGCACAGAUGCCGUAACCGCCGUCAGUUCAACGUUUACCCAGCCAGUCCUUGAUAAGGCGUCUAUCGACUUCAAGGACCCGCCUGUUUCCCUUACGUUAACAAUCAAGUGCACUGACAGGAACGUUCUUAAUGACAUCACGGGGACGUUUAACGUCAACAUUGUCGACUCACCGCCGGUUUUCACCGCACUGCCUGCGACCGGAACUAACAUUUUCGACGGUCUUAAGCACGCCACCGAGACCCUUCACACGUUCAGCGUCACCGAUAGCGACGACGCCGUUAACUGCUCUGCAAGAGUGCCGGAAAACGCCCUUUUUGAAGUGAUUGCCGGUGUCGCAUCAAGGUUUACAAUUAACGUAAAGGCGGGGGUAACGCUAAGAGCAGCGAACGGACCUUACGUCAUCAACGUCGACUGCUCAGAUGGCGACAAUGACGUCACUGCGACGUUCACACAACCAGUGAUUGAUACGCCGCCGAGUUUUGUAUCCGGGAUCCCCGGAAGUUCCCCUAACGUCUCUGACUCCACUGUCACACAGAUGUUACUCGGGAAGUUUACAACUACCGACCCGGAUACGGCGUGUUCUGUGACGUCACCAUCCACCACCGUGUAUGAGAUCAGAAAUGUGACGUCACCGGUGAAUGUUUCUCAACCAGAAUUUGAAGUCAAAAUCUCUAGCACCGUGACUGAAGCUGCCAUCGACUUCAACGACCAGGCCGUGCCGUUGACGUUAACGAUACGGUGUACUGACGGCAACCCCGUCAACGUCAUCACCGGGACUUUCAACGUCAAUAUCGUUGAUGAGGACCCAGUUCUUACGUCGUUUCCUAUGACGUCAUAUCAGUUCCUAGAAGACACUUCCGUUUCCGCUCUGGAGCUAAACUCAUUCAGCCUUAAAGAUUCUGAUGACGUCAUAUCUGCUUGAUGUCAUCUGUCAAAUCUGAAAAUCAACGUCAAAGCGUUUCAGAUUUGGUACAAGGGACGCCCGCGAGCGCCCUUGAACUAUGACGUCACGCCCGUUCAUAACAUCGGGAUUAUUUGCGACGACGGUAAAGUCUUUAGCGCGA